AUGAGCCUUAAAGCAAAAGUAGAACUUUUCAAAGUGUCAAGUUGGUUACUUCAAGAUUGGGCAAAUAUUCCUUGUUCCGUUAUGCAUCGCCACUCGUCGCAACAGCUGUUCGUACCUCCUGCACUAUCGUCUCUCCGGAUAGAACCCGAGGACUGUCAGUUGGUAGCACGAUACAGUGAGACGGCCAAUAGAACCAGAUUCACAUACUCCAUCUCUUGGACAAGCGGUAAAACGAGUGCAAAGAUAUCAAAAGAUGAAGAAGAUGACGCUUUACUCCUCUCUAUCCUUGCACCUGUAGAUGAGGCAUCGCAAUAUCUCAGCGACUUGAGGGAAGCCAGGAAACGCAGACCUUCAGCAAAACUCAUUCGAUGUGACGGACCUUGCGGGCAUAGGUACCCGCCAGAAUCGAUGAUUCUUCUAGGAAGAUGUGGGCACAUGUUGUGUAACGUUUGCAACGGAUUAGUAUACAAUGAUGAUGGUACAAAAGGCUGUAGCAACUUUGAUUGUGUGUUUGCUACCUUAUACGAUUAUCUUCCGGAAGACUAUGCUCGAAAAGCGUAUGAAAAUCAUAUAAUCGCGCGCCAGAAGGCUCGGGAAUCGGCUCUUCACUAUGGCUUUGAAACGCCGCCGCGUAAAGCUCGGUCACCAAUGUGUGGUACCCCCUGUAGACGUAAACAAGGAAUGAAAUGUUUGCACCCCUGUCCGAGAGGCGGGCGUAGCCACGGUCGACGGUCUCGUACUCCACGUUACAUUCGUGCUCGCAAAUCACGAUCAUCAAGCAGACUGGAAGCUGAUCUUAGAACAGCGAUCGGGGACGAAAACUAUCAAAGAUCUAGGAGCUCCUAUGCGCGCUCACCCAUUUCGGAACCAUCCAUUCGCAGGAGACGAGUCUUGGAUGAGAUCUUUUCCGACAUGACCUUGACGUCCAGUAAUGUGGAGGGACCCACAAGCGAAUUUGAACUCCUGAAUAUCCGUCUCAUGAUUUUUGAGCCUGGACCUUUCAAAACUAUUAAACGUGUCCACAUAAGCAGAGAAAUGUCGGCUGCAUUGACGGUGAAAGAAGCUAUCGAUGAGUUGAUGGACAGGAGAAAUGGGAAUAUUCGUCACGAAUGCCCUUCCAGCCUGUACUUCUGCUCUGGAACCACCGCCGAUGGUCUGAGAAAAAUAUCAGUCGAGGAAUUCGAGGCCACUCAUCUAUGGCAGUAUCCAGCUCGUAACAGUGUGCUGCACUUUGUAUUGGAUACCGUCGGCUACCUGAGAGGAACAGAUUGAAAGCUAUCUUAAAUGUCUCAAUUCGCAUUUGUUAAAGUCUUUGCUACGAUUUGAUCU